AAUGCACAGCGGCGAGUUCCGGUGACCGCUCGGCGGCAAAGGCGGCGGAAUGCAGGAGGUGCCUCAGGACUGCCCCGGGACCGGCAGCGCCCAGGCGGGCCGAGGGGCCUCAUGUCAGGGGUGCCCCAACCAGCGGCUGUGUGCUUCUGGGGCCGGCGCCGCUCCGGACCCGGCCAUAGAGGAAAUCAAAGAGAAAAUGAAAACCGUGAAACACAAAAUCUUGGUGCUGUCUGGGAAAGGCGGCGUCGGGAAAAGCACGUUCAGUGCCCACCUCGCCCACGGCCUGGCAGAGGAUGAAAACACACAGAUUGCUCUUCUAGAUAUUGAUAUAUGUGGGCCAUCAAUUCCCAAGAUAAUGGGAUUGGAAGGAGAACAGGUUCACCAGAGUGGCUCGGGCUGGUCUCCAGUGUAUGUUGAAGACAACCUGGGGGUGAUGUCGGUGGGUUUCUUGCUCAGCAGUCCUGAUGAUGCCGUUAUCUGGAGGGGACCAAAGAAAAAUGGCAUGAUCAAGCAGUUCCUCCGUGAUGUGGACUGGGGGGAGAUUGACUACCUCAUUGUGGACACGCCACCUGGGACUUCUGACGAGCACCUCUCAGUUGUUCAGUAUCUCUCGGGAGCACACAUCGAUGGAGCUGUGAUAAUCACCACUCCCCAGGAAGUAUCACUCCAGGAUGUCCGGAAAGAAAUCAACUUCUGCCACAAGGUGAAGCUGCCUGUCAUCGGGGUGGUGGAGAACAUGAGUGGCUUUGUCUGCCCUACGUGUAAGAAAGAGUCGCAGAUUUUCCCUCCAACGACUGGGGGCGCGGAGGCCAUGUGCCAGGACCUGAAGAUCCCUCUCCUCGGCAAAGUGCCUCUGGAUCCACAAAUAGGAAAGAGUUGUGACAAAGGACAGUCUUUUUUGACUGAAGCCCCGGAUUCGCCAGCCACAUUAGCCUACAGAAGUAUAAUCCAAAGAAUCCAAGAGUUUUGUAGUCUGCACCCUUCACAUGAGGAGCAACUCACCGGUUCCUGAAACUCGGAAAACAUUAAGGACGCAAGCGGGCACCGAGCUGAGGCACUGGGCCAGCAGCACUGCUGGGGUAGAGUGGGGUCCCGGGGGUCCAGGAACCAGGCUCAGGCGUGGUUCGAAGUCACUUCUUCAGAGACACUUUAACCAUCUAAUUCUUGCACACUUUCCUUUAGAAUAUAUGUAAAGAGCAUUCUUGACAAAUACGUCGUUUUAAAAAUAAAAACUUCUCCUCCAAAACUUCUCCAGGGCUUCCUUCACGUGAAAAACACGUGGGUUAUGGGAUCAUGGAAUCUUCUUUGUUGGAAGUUGUUCAAUUAGAAAAGCCUUCACUGAAACCAUUUCUGCCGCUGAAGAGAGACCUAAAAAAGAACCAGAGGGAUGGACAUGUUGCUUAACUGCAAAAUACACAGUCACGUUUUCA